GCAUUAGCCUUUUCGCCCGCGUCCUCGUCUUCUCCGAAUCCUUUCUUCUUCUUCUUCUUCCUGAGUCCUCGUGCUGCUGCUGCUGAUGCCUCAGGUCUCCCACCAACAGACAAGAACCACCCAAAGAGAAGAGAGCAAGACCCGAGCCCGACCUGACCUGACCGCCUCCUGCCCCCCUUCUCGCCGGGGGACUUCCCGAGAAGAAAGGGAAGGAGGAGGGAUUGGUUUCUUGCGCGCGGGAGCGGGAGGCAAGGCGGGGCGGGGAGCGGGGAGGGGGGCUCCUGUACGGCGGCAGACGCGUCCUUCGGCCUCGUGAGGAGAUCCAGGUUUGGACGAAUACAAUGUUGCCAUAAUUUGCUGGUUUUGGACAUUAGCAAGCAUUAAAAAAAAAAUUCAAUGAGCGCAAGCAUUUGAUUUGUUGCUAAAUUUUUUGGCUAGCCUCCAAGAAAGCAUAGGAUUUGUUCGUGUGGACUCCAAUGUCAGGACCCAAUCCUGGGGAUCUCACGGCAAAUGACCUCAAUGCUGCUGUUUAUCGCUACCUCAUUGAGUCAGGAUUUGUUCAUACAGCAUACAACUUCAAGCAUGAGGCACGCCUUGCUGAAUAUGAAUUCGAGGGAAAGAAGAUCCCAAUGGGUACUCUAAUCAGAGUAGUGUGGGAAGGCCUCAGGCACAUUGAGCUUAAAGCCAAUUCUGAGGUUACCGAUGAUGAAAACUUCCACCAUUUCAGUUCUCUAGACCUACUCACCAAAGAUGUAGCUGAGCUGAAAAGGGAAAUCACCGGCCGCGCAAAGCCUGAUUCUGUUGAGACUACCAAAGAGAAAAAGAAUGAGACUGCCAAGACCGUCAAAUCGCACUAUUCUGUUGAGACUACCAAAAAGAAAAAGAAUGAGACUGUCAAGACCGUCAAAGCGCCCUAUUCUGUUGAGACUAUCAAAGGGAAAAAGAAUAAGACUGUCAAGACCGUCGAAGCGCACUGUAGUGAUUAUGUUGAUGAUACCAUGGUGUAUAGGAUCCAGCCAUCACGGAAAGCAAAGGACUACUCUGUCCGGCUCACUGAAGAGUCAAGUUCCAAUUCUGAUGAGAUCAGCAGAGAGCGUAAGAGACGACGGCUGCUGAAGGCAAAGACCACUGCUGUGCAUAAGAGGUAGCCUAUAAAGAGGGAGGGGGCAAGUGUGAGGACGAGGACGAGCGAUAGCCUGACAGAGGAAAUCAAAGGAAGUAUGUCUGUGGGUAAGAAAAUGCAAAUAUAAUGAGGAGUGCAGCUCAGUGUAGAGAUUCAGUAAAAUACAGUUGGGACUGCAACUGCAUUUAGAGGUUCAGUAUGUGAAAGUAGAUUUUACAGGAUUUAUCAGAGUAAUCUCAAUUGAUAGCUUUGAGAUUAACCUUUUUGCACUACCUGGAUUGUGAUCUAAUGUAUCUGAUGUGGAUUAUAGACUGUAUAUCUGACGUGCUUGAGAAGGAUAGUUAAUGCCUUUUCAUGCGAUAUAGUACUCGACAACUCAUGUGAAAGGGGGACUUUGGCAUGAAGCACUGUGAUAUUGUCGGUCAUUCUGCGCUUGUCAAAUUUGAAGCUAUGCUUAUGAUAG